AUGCUCUGCGGUGGGAUGCUCGUUACCAAUGUACUUUGUGUUCAAGGUUUCUACCCCAUAGUGCCCUUUUCCUUCUCCCUUAUCCUGCAUUCAUGGGUUUUACUCCAUAGUGGGUUGCUCGAUGUUGUCGGUUCUACUCCGCAGUGGGUUACUCGUCGUCGCGUUCGUGGGUUUUGCUACGGUGUAAAAGAGAACAAAACAAAUGGCAGACAAAGGCUGUGA